AUGUCAAAUUUAACACAAGGUAACAGUGAUAUUGCUGGAUAUUUCACCAAACUUAAGAGACUGUGGGAUGAAUUAGAUGCACUAAUUGUAAUCAUAACUUGUCCAUGUGUGUGUCUGUGUGAGGGAAAAGCUAAGCUGACUAAGUCUUUGGAAGAUCAAAGGUUGAUUCAAUUUUUGAUGGGAUUGAAUGAUGUAUAUGCACAAGCUAGAGGAAACAUUCUUAUGAUGAGUCAUUUGCCUAGCAUGGACAUUGCAUACUCACUACUUUUGCAGGAUGAGAACCAAAGGGAAAUAUAUGCAAAUGCACAUUUCAGUUCAGAUUCUGCAUCUUUCAUGGUCGCCGGACAAGGAAGACAACCAAAUGCACAGAUUUUUGCUGACUUUGCAGCUUUCAUGGCAGCAGGACAAGGAAGGAAUAAUCAAAGGUUUAGAAAUCAGACCUCUGGAGGAACAAUGACUGCUCAAAAAUUCAACAAUCCAGCUCAAAAGAUAGGACAUACACAAGAGGACUGUUACAGACUUAUUGGGUUCCCAGAUGACUUUGAAUUCACUAACCCAAAGACUUAUCAGAAUCAUGUCAAGGCAAAUGUGGCAACAACACAUGAGGAAGAUAAUGCAACAGGGCAUAACAAUGAGACCAACAGUAGCAGUUUUGGACGAAAUUUCAGCAAGGAACAAAUUGCAGGGAUGAUGGAGAUAUACGAACAGGCAAAAUCAACAAAGACAGGAAGCUCAGAAAUUAAUGCCAAUGCUGUGGCUGGUACUAUUCUAAAAUACUCAGGAUCAGUUUUUUCUAGUUUGAAAUCAGAUUCUUGGAUAAUUGAUUCUGGAGCAUCAGAACACAUGUGCUUUGACCCCAAUUCUUUCUUGUUUCUAAUUCCACUCCUGUACAUUUGA